CAGUAUUCAGUAGGAGUCCGAGUGUGGAGUUGGUUUAUCAUGGCCGCCUGACCGAUUCCAAUUCAGAUCGUACUGUUUUCCUCUAGCUUUUUCUCUACUAAGGGACCGCGAAACUCUAAAACGCUGCAGAUUUUCUCAUAUUUUAUUUAACUUCUUAAAGGAUUUACCAUUCAUGUCAAUGCUCAAAUAUGCAGCCUCCACCGAGAAAGGUAAAAGUCACCCAGGAGCUGAAGAACACUCAUGUUGAGCAGAUGACCAGGCUCCACAUCAAGCACCAGACAGAAUGUGACUUACUGGAAGACAUGAGGACUUACAGUCAGAAGAAGGCAGCCAUAGAAAAGGACUGUGCGCAGGCCCUGCAGAAGUUGGCGAGUCAGUACUUAAAGCGGGACUGGCCUGGCGUCAUCGCCGAUGAGAGAACUGAUUAUAGGAAUGUUUAUGCUGUGUGGAAGGCCUACCUGGAGGGCACUGUGCAGGUGACCCAGUCUCGCAUCAACGUCUGUGAAAACUACAGGAAUGAGAUUUCAGACCCGGCCAAGACCGUCAAGCUCUACAAGGAGCAGCAGCUGAAGAAGUGUAUCGACCAGCUGACCCGGAUCCAGAUGGAGCUCCAGGACACGGUGAAGGAUCUGGCCAAGUCCAAGAAAAAGUACUUGGAGAUGGAGCAGAUGGCUCAGGCUGUGAGAGAGAAGGCUGAUAUCGAGUCCAAGUCCAAGCUGAGCCUGUUUCAGUCCCGGAUAAGUUUACAGAAAGCUAGCGUGAAGUUAAAAGCCAAGAGGAACGACUGCAACUCGAAAGCCACCCAUGCCAGAAACGACUACCUUCUCACACUAGCUGCAGCCAACGCACACCAAGACCGGUACUAUCAGACUGACCUGAUCAACUGUAUCAAGGCCCUGGAUGGAAGCAUCUACGAUCAUGUGAAGGAUUAUUUGAUAUCGUUGUGCCGGACAGAACUGGAGGCAUUCCAGGCCAUCCACAAUACGUUCCAGUUCCUCCUGGAGAAGUCCAGCAGAGUGAUGCAGGACUUUAAUCAGCAGCUGUUCAUGCAGGAGAAUCCCAUCUUUCAUAAAGCACAGUCCUUCCAGUUUCAGCCCAGUGACAGUGACACGAGCUUAAGCGGCAUCCAGCAGCUGGUGGACAUCGAGCCCUCAGCCGUCAGUGCCAUGAAAAUGACCUUGGCACAGAGCGGGAAGUUGGAGUCGGAGACGGGCACCACAGAGGAGCACAGCCUGAACAAAGAGGCCCGCAAGUGGGCGACCCGCAUGGCCAGAGAGCACAAGAACAUCAUCCACAACCAGAGGACACUGGAAGAGUGUGAGACUCAUGGGGUCCUGCCUUCAGAGCAGAGUCGCAAUGAACUGGAGCUGAAGAUUGAGGAGGCCAAGGAGAGUAUCCGAAAAGCAGAGACGGUGAAGCUGAAGGCUGAGGCUCGGCUGGACCUGCUCAGACAGGUGGGCGUGUCUGUGGACACCUGGCUGAAGAGCGCCAUGAACCAGGUGAUGGAGGAGCUGGAGAACGAGCGCUGGGCCACCCUGCCCUCGCUGACUACCCACGAUCCUUCACUCUCGGCAACGGCUGAUUUCGAGAGGGAGGAAGGCGAGGAGUUUGAGGACAACAUGGAGGUGUUCGAUGACAGCAGCUCCAGUCCGUCUGGCACUCUCCGCAACUACCCCCUCACCUGCAAGGUGCUCUACUCCUAUAAGGCUUCCCAGCCAGAUGAGCUGACUAUCGAGGAGCAGGAAGUGCUGGAAGUCAUUGAGGAUGGGGACAUGGAGGAUUGGGUGAAGGCCAGGAAUAAGACGGGCCACGUGGGCUACGUUCCAGAGAAGUACCUGCAGUUCCCCACCUCCAACAGCCUCCUCAGCAUGCUGCAGUCACUGGCCACCCUCGACGCUCGAUCCCACACCUCCAGCAACUCCACCGAGCCUGAGCUGGCCUCAGGCAGCAUGAACGGAGACGCCAACUUGAGCUUUGUGAAGGCCAUGUAUGACUACGAGGGCCAGACGGAUGAUGAGCUGUCCUUCCCUGAGGGAGCCAUAAUCCGCAUCCUCAACAAGGACAACCAGGAGGACGACGGCUUCUGGGAGGGCGAGUUCAACGGCCGCGUGGGCGUCUUCCCUUCUGUCCUGGUGGAGGACCUGACCGCCUCAGAAAAUGGAGACACACCGUGGUGCCCUGACACGCAGCAGGUGUCUCCCUCCCAGCAGCCUCACCCCUCUCUGCCCCCGCUGCCCCUGUACGACCAGCCGCCGUGCAGCCCCUACACCAGCCCCGAGGGCGGCCAUGCCCCCGCCUUCCCCCGCUCGCCCUCCGUCAACGGAGACCACAAGCUGACGCCCACGUCGCACAAGCCUCCCCCCCACAAUCACAGCAGCAGUCUGAGCUCGGACUCCACAGGUUUCUCCCAGCAGCCCCUGCGGUUCACCCCCGAUGGAGGACCCGGGAAGCUACGGCCUGUGCGCGCGGCACCUCCUCCCCCGAAACAGCAUCCCCGCAGGCAGGUGGAGAAGACGGAGGAGGUGGAGAUCACUUUGGUGUGAGAGGCUUCGCCCACGGAGUGGACCGCACCCGGACCCCGCCCCCUCGCUCCUCACUGCAGGAGGCGCGGGGGGUCUCACGCCACAGGCAACACCUCCCCCCAGAGCAGAGGGGGAGCUGAGCUCCCCUCC